CACGUGAAAGCAAGGCUAAAAAUUGGUGGACAUUAUUGAAUUUGGAUAACACGGCUGAGUUCACCAAUGCCAGUGUAAUAAUGUAACCACUCAUUCAAUUCAACACUUUCCUUCUCCCCCACACACACAUUUACCUGCAACACACUAAAAUAUGGCGGCGGUUUCGGCCGACGGCGUCGCCCUGUCCGCCACCACCGGACAACUGCACACCACCGCCGGGAACAGGCGGCACCGCCGCCGCAGCCUGCUCAAAUUCUCCAGUGCAGAAUCAAUGGGAGAAAAGCUUAAAUUCCGACCAAUUCAGUUAAUAAAGAACAAUGCUCGUAGAAGCCCUGUGUGUAUGUCUCUUACAGCCGAUGUCGCCGCCGAGACGACGUUGCGGGACCUGGAGUCGGAGAAGCGAGAUCCGAGGACGGUCGUGGCGAUCAUACUCGGAGGUGGCGCUGGGACGCGGCUGUUCCCGCUGACGAAGCGCCGGGCCAAGCCUGCCGUUCCGAUUGGAGGGGCGUACAGAUUGAUCGACGUCCCGAUGAGCAACUGCAUCAAUAGCGGGAUCAAUAAAGUCUACAUCCUUACUCAGUUCAACUCGGCUUCCCUCAACCGGCAUCUCGCCCGCGCCUACAAUUUUGGCGGCGGCGUCACAUUCGGAGACGGCUAUGUCGAGGUUUUAGCUGCCACUCAAACGCCGGGAGAAGCCGGGAAAAACUGGUUUCAAGGGACAGCAGACGCCGUGCGGCAAUUCCAUUGGCUUUUUGAGGAUCCAAGAAGUAAAGAUAUCGAAGAUGUUCUUAUUCUAUCCGGAGAUCACUUGUACAGAAUGGACUAUAUGGAUUUUGUUCAGAAUCACCGGCAAAGCGGUGCAGAUAUUACUCUAUCGUGUUUGCCGAUAGAUGACAGUCGCGCCUCAGACUUUGGUUUGAUGAAGAUCGACGACACGGGAAGGGUUCUUUCAUUCAGUGAAAAGCCUAGAGGAAACGAGUUGAAGGCGAUGGCAGUAGACACGACGGUUUUGGGACUUUCCCGAGAAGAAGCAGCAAAAAAACCUUAUAUCGCUUCAAUGGGAGUUUAUGUCUUUAAGAAGGAAAUACUUCUAAACCUUCUAAGAUGGCGUUUUCCAACUGCUAAUGAUUUCGGAUCAGAAAUAAUCCCUGCUUCAGCAAGGGAAUUUAUUAUCAAGGCUUAUUUAUUCAACGAUUACUGGGAAGACAUUGGUACAAUCCGGUCAUUUUUCGAAGCAAACCUAGCCCUUACAGAACAUCCGCCAAGAUUCAGUUUUUACGACGCAGCAAAACCAAUCUACACAUCCAGGAGAAACUUGCCGCCGUCAAAGAUCGAAAACAGCAAGAUUGUUGAUUCGAUAGUUUCACAUGGUAGCUUCCUAACUGAUUGCUUCAUAGAGCACAGUGUUGUCGGUAUCAGGUCACGCAUAAACGCCAAUGUGCACCUAAAGGACACAGUGAUGCUGGGGGCUGAUUACUAUGAAACGGACUCCGAAAGAGCGUACGCAUUAUCAAAGGGUAAAGUUCCUAUAGGCAUUGGUGAAAAUACGAAAAUCAGAGAAUGCAUCAUCGACAAGAAUGCUAGGAUUGGUAAAAAUGUAGUUAUUGAGAAUUCUGAGGGCGUGCAAGAGGCAGACAGAACAUCGGAGGGAUUUUACAUACGAUCGGGCGUUACUGUAAUAUUGAAAAAUGUGGUCAUCAAAGAUGGAACUGUGAUAUAAUUUUGCAAUAAUGUUACAUCACUAUCAUGCUCAGAAACUCUCAGUUUUGACAUAAAUAUGUGGAGUUUUCAUUC